UGUCAGUGCUGAAUCCCAGUGGAGACUGGAGCUGGGAGGGCUCUUCCUGCUUGGGGGGAGGCUUCAGGAUUUUACCAGGCAUUCCCCUUCACUCUUUGUCCCUUGUCCCUGUCCCACUGGAGGCCAUGUGCAGUGGCAAGCUCCAGACAGGUCUGCUGGUGGCAGGUUACUUCAUCUACCUGCUGGUGGGUGCCGCCGUGUUCCAGGCGCUGGAGCGGGCAGCUGAGAAGCAGGAGAAGAUGGCAGCUGCCCAGAUGAAGGAAGCUUUUCUGCAGAACUUCACCCACCUGACAGUGGCAGAGAUGGAGCAGUUUAUGAAGAACCUGACUGAAGCCAUUCAGAAUGGAGUAUACCCUGUUGGAAAUGAAUCACAGAUUGAAGACAGCAACUGGGAUUUCAGUGACUCCUUCUUCUUUGCAGGCACAGUUGUCUCCACAAUAGGCUAUGGUACGCUACGUCCUAAAACUGCUGGGGGCCAGAUCUUCUGUGUCUUUUUUGCUCUGUUUGGGAUCCCUCUGAAUAUUGUUUUUCUGCACCGUGUUGGUAAGAUGCUCUCACUGCUCUGCAAAAAGCUGGGGAAGUUCCUGUAUGAGAAAGGAAUGAGAAAGAAGAGGAUCAAAUCUCUGACCCUUUUGUUCUUCCUGGUAACUGGGAUCCUGGUUUUUCUAUGCUUGCCAUCACUCUUCUUCCAGAUGACAGAGGGCUGGUCCUACAGUGAAGGAAUUUACUUUGCAUUUAUCACCCUCAGCACCAUUGGCUUUGGGGAUUAUGUGAUAGGUAAGAAGGUGAAAGGUAAACAGCCUGGAAGGAAUUACUUUUCCUACUACCGAAUGCUGGUUGCCAUUUGGAUUCUUUUUGGCCUGGCCUGGAUUGCUCUCCUGUUUAAUUUAUUGACAACAGUACUAGAAGAUACUGAAAAAAUAAUUGUAAAGGAUCUCCACCAAAUUGGAAAGGUGAAUAAGGACAAUGAAACAAGCCAGCAAAGAAGAUGCUGGCCUGCUCAGUUUAUUCUGGAUGAAGAACUGCUACCAUCAGGUGAUGGAGGGGAUGCUCAGAAAAUGGAGUCGUCAGCACCAGAUUCUGAACACACAAAAAAUGAAAAACAUGUCUUGUCUCAUAACAAAACUACUGCCACAACACAAGAGAAUUCUUCACUGGAGAGUUGCUAGUGAAUUAUAAUAAAGAAAUUCCCAUGGAAAUAAAAUUUAUCCUACG